AUGUUUCAGCGAAGCACAGAAAAAGGGUUGUAUAUCACCAUUAAUGACUUGGGUCAUGUCUAUGAGAUACUGUGUAACUGGCCUGAGAGAAAAAUAUCAGUCAUAGUAGUGACGGAUGGUGAGCGUAUCCUGGGUCUUGGAGACCUGGGAGCCCAAGGGAUGGGAAUUCCUGUAGGGAAACUGUCCCUCUAUACCGCCUGUGCUGGGGUGGACCCACAACACUGUCUGCCUAUUGUUAUUGAUGUUGGCACUGACAAUGAAACCCUGCUGAAGGACCCGCUGUACAUUGGACUGCCCCAGAAGAGAACGCGCGGAGAGAAGUAUGACCAGCUGAUCGAGGAAUUCAUGCAGGCAGUGGUGAAGAGGUUUGGACAGAAUACUCUGAUACAGUUUGAGGACUUUGGUAAUUCCAACGCUUUCCGCUUCCUGGAGAAAUAUAGAGGGCAAUACUGUACCUUCAAUGAUGAUAUACAAGGCACAGCGGCAGUGGCAGUGGCUGGGGUGUUAGCAAGUCUGAAGAUCACAGGAAAGAAAUUGUCAGAAAAUAUCAUCCUCUUCCAGGGAGCUGGAGAGGCUUCUAUAGGCAUAGCUCACCUGCUGAUGAAGGCUAUGAAGGAGGAAGACAGCUCAGAGGAAGAGGCCCUCAGUAAACUGUGGAUGGUGGACUCUAAGGGACUGCUGACACAGGGUCGCCCCAGUGGAGGUCUGACAGAACACAAGAUGACGUUUACCAAGAAGUACAAGCACAUGAGUAACUUGGAAGAGAUUGUACGAGAGGUCAAACCCAGCAUCAUUAUAGGAGCCGCUGCUGUGCCGGGAGCUUUCACGGAGCAGAUUAUUAAAGACAUGGCUUCGUUCAAUGAGCGUCCUGUGAUAUUUGCCCUCAGUAACCCCACAAGUAAAGCCGAGUGCACGGCAGAGCAAGCCUACACCAUCACUGAGGGUCGCUGUAUAUUUGCCAGCGGCAGUCCAUUCCAGCCAGUGACAGUGAAUGGCAAGACCCACCACCCUGGCCAGGGAAACAACGCCUACAUCUUCCCCGGGGUAGGACUGGCGGCCAUCUUGUGUGGAAUCAGGCACAUCACUGAAGAUGUAUUCCUUGCCACAGCAAAGGCUUUAGCCAACCUGGUCCAGCAGGAAGACCUGGACAGUGGCCGAGUUUAUCCACCUCUCACCAAAAUCAGGGACGUGUCAGCCAGCAUAGCCGUGGAGAUCGCCAAGUACGCCUACAAACACAAUAUGGCCGCCCACUACCCUGAGCCUGCCGACAAGGACGACUUUAUACGCUCCCAGAUGUACAGUACUGACUACUCCAGCUUUGUCCCGGACAGAUGGAGCUGGCCCAAACUUUAGACGUUAGUUUGUUUCUUGGAGACAACACGUGGACAUUGGGGAUGGUUUCGCAGAAUUGAGGGCACAUACUGCAUCAGCAGCUGUUCGCAAAUUGUCAGUUUUUCUAGUCGUGGUGAGGAAGCCGAAUGUUACCAUGAUUUCAAAUUAUCAACCAAGUCUGAAUUACCGGGUCGUUUUUUUCUACUGGAACUUUGUUUGUCAAACCUGUAAAAAAACCCGGUUUAUGCAUAUUUUAUUACGCUCACAACAAUUUUUGAUUUUCUUUCAAAACAUCUUUUUAUCACAUUGCUGUAAUGAUGGAUGUUAUAAUGUCUAAAUUAUGAAAAAUACAAAUAAUCACUUUAGUGAGGCGAGAAAACAAGUUAUGGCAAAUUGGAUUUCUUUUCAUUUUGAUUUGUUUUAUAAUACGCAAACUGUGAUCUCGAAGACGAUAAUGAUAAUGAUGAUGAUUUCACGUUUCACCGAGUUAUAUACGCAUUUACAUGGCAACCAAUUUACAGUGACAACAUUGCCAAGUGAUAAAUUGUGAUUUGUAACAUUUUAAUCAGUGUUUGUUUUUAUUUAUAUUUAUUAUGAAUAUUGGACAUAUACAUAUAUGGAUAAAGGCCUACAGAAGUCAGUUCAACAGUAUGUUUUUAUUUUAACGUUUUUCUUUGUUUAAAUCAAUAAAUUACAGUUCAGUGCAAUUUU